AUGGUAAAUAUUUGAGCUUGAAUGGAUUUAAAGGUUAAGGUAUUUGCUGCUUCACCUAGGAGCCAAACUCAGCCAUUCCCUGAAAGAAAGAAGCCAUUAAAACAAGGAUGGACUUCUGAAACACGGGUACCCCAGAAUCCUUGCUCACCUGUGGUACCACGACUUGAUUUGGGAAGCCUGGUUGACUCUGAUGAUGAGGACGGCUCUUCAUAUUUCCCACUUAGUACAGCGCAUACUCAUUUGAACCCUCCACAUUCAUCUUCUGCUCUUGCUUGCCUCACACCAUGCAAAACUCCUUAUACUCCCGAUCAACUCAAUGAUCUGGAGCAGAACAUAAUACCUGAAAAUCCACCAGCACCAGCAAGCAAAUAUAAACUAAAAUAUCAGAAAAACAAAAAUGAAAUGAAAGAGGAAUAUAAACAGUAUAGUCAGAGAAAUACAGAAAAGACAAAAUCAAAUAUCACAUGCCAACAGUUUCCAAGAGACAACGUUGAUGAAAAGUGCAUACAAGAUGAAGAAGCCAGUGAAGAGCUUACAACUCUGGAUAGAAAAGCUCUCUUACAGCAAGAUUAUGCAGACACCCCUUAUAAUGCAGUACAAAGAGCAAGAAAAUCUGAUGUAGAAAUUGUGGCUGCAGAGAAGAAGAAACAGGUUGUUGCUGAGCAAGUGAUGAUAGACCUUUUAUCUAGGUAUGAGUCAGAGUUGCUUGUAGAAAUCCACAUGAAAGCAAGAAAGCCUCCCAGCCCAGUUCAACUCAAGCCCGUGGGCCUGAUGUUUUCCGUAGACUCCAGGCAGGGGACACAUAAAGGUGACGUGAUAAAAACUCAUUCUACAUUAACUGAAAAUGCGCUUUCCAAUAAAUUACAAUUUGAUGGUAGGAUCAUAUCAAGGAAUGGACGCGACACUUGUAGAGAGCUCGUGGGGUUCUUUUUCCCUCAUGACGGGUCCCUGACUGUGUAUGAGUAUCGGCAAUUUGGGAAAAAUAGGACAAAUGUGCUUCCUUUUAUUCAAAAAAACGUUUAUAGUCAUCAGAGUGGACGAAGAAAAGGAAAUCAAUACCAACUGGGUGACUUUUAUAUCGGUGCAAAUUUGACAUUUUUGAGUUCUGAUCAUCCCAGCCUACCAGAAAGCAUAAAAGCGAGCACACUGCUUACACUUCGCAUUACAAAUAUUGAUCAGAUAGCUUUGAAUUCUCUCAAAACUGACUCUGAGGAUCAUGUGUAUGAUGUAACCAGCCAAGAAGCCAGGGAUAGGCUACUCUUCAAGGCCGUUCAAGCUGUAGUGAAAGCAAAACUGCAUAAAAGAGCUGUUGGCAUCAUGGCUGGCCUGGGAAAAUACUUUAAACAAUUGGACAAGGAAGGAAAUGGACUUUUAGAGAAGGCAGAUUUCAAGCUCGCUCUACAACUAUUUAACUUAGACCUGUCAGAAAAGGAUUUUGAGUCCUUGUGGCUAAUUCUGAAUGCCAAUGGCAGUGACAAGAUGGAUUAUGGAGAAUUCAAACGUGCCAUUAUUGGUGAAAUGAAUGAAUAUAGGAAAUCAUUUGUUCGAAAGGCAUUUAUGAACCUGGAUUUCAACAAAACUGGCAGUGUGUCUAUAACAGACAUAAGAAAAUGCUACUGUGCAAGGAAGCACCCUCAAGUAAUGGCAGUCACAACUGACAAGCCCCUGCGCCCGCCUCUCCAGCACAUCUACAAAAUUGGUGGUUUCACCCCUGUCCCUGUGGGCAGCGUGGAAACUGGGCUUCUGAAACCUGGCAUGAUGGUCACCUUUACUCCCCUCAAGGUUACCACUGAAGUAAAGGCUGUUGAAAUGCGCCAUAAGGUUUUGAGUGAAGCCCUACCCAGGGACAAUGUAGGCUUCAAUGUCAAGGAUGUCUCUGUCAAAAACGUUUGCCGUGGCAAUGUGGCUGGUGACAGCAAAAAUGACCCACCAAUGGAAACAGCUGUCUUCACUGCUCAGGUGAUCAUCCUGAGCUGUCCAGGCCACAUCAGUGCUGGCCACAUGCCUGUGUUGGUCACACUGCCCACAUUGUCACGAUGCCCACCUUGCUUGAAAGUUUGCAGAGCUCAAAGAGAAGAUAGAUUGCCAUUCUGGCAAGAAGCUCGAAGAAGGCCCUAG